GUCUGGUCUCUUUGGCCUGUCUCCAUCUACUCUGCUGCCUCUGGCUGACAACCCCUCUGUCAUCAACUGUCAUGGCCAGGUGCCUGAGGCGGGAACUGGAGAAGUGAUGCAGCUGGGAAUGGGACCUCUGCCUCCUCACAACAAAGACCAGUCCCCUGAGAAGGAUCAGCCUCCCAAGACAGCUGGGCCCGAGCCUCCCCCACCACUCAUACCACCUCUACCUUCUGGGAACCUGCCUCCCUUCCCACCCUACUUUGAGGGUGCCCCUUUCCCCCACCCACUAUGGCUGAGGAACACCUACCAGCAGUGGGUGCCACAGCCUCCACCCAGGACCAUCAAGCGGACCCGGCGGCGACUGUCCCGCAACCGGGAUCCUGGUAGACUCAUUCUUAGCACCAUCCGUCUGCGACCACGCCAGGUACUGUGUGAGAAAUGCAAGAGUACUGUGAGUCCUCAGGAGGCCAGCCCUGGCCCCCUGACCACCGCCAGACCCCGCCGAAGGCUAGGCAGUGGCCCUGACAGUGAACACCGGAAGCCGGAGGAACCAGAGGACAGUGACUCCAUAGCUGCAGCCACCCCAAGGAGGAGCAAGAGGGAGAAGCGGGAAGAAGAUAGGGUUCCUGGAGAGCGUGUUCCACGGAGCCCAGUCAUCAAGAUCUCCUACAGCACACCACAGGGCAAGGGUGAGGUGGUCAAGAUCCCAUCCAGAGUGCAUGGCUCCGUGGAGCCCUUCUGCCCCCAGAAGUCUCUACAGAAUGGCAGCCAGGACUUAGAGGUAGCGAGGGAUGUGGAGCCCAAGGGUGGUGGUGACCGACCACCCAGCGGGCAUUCCAUUCCCAAGCUGAAGCUGACUCGUCCAGUGCCUCCCAUCUCAGACUUACCGCCUCCCAAAAUCCGCUUGAAGCCCCACCGGCUGAGGGAUGGAGAGCAUGAGCCUUUGUACAGGGCUGAGCUGGUACAGGAGAUGAAUGGAUGCCCACGAGGCCCCCUGGCCAGCUCGCCUGCUCUCUUUGCUGAUGGCUCUACCCAUGGGCUGGAGGACUUGUCUUCUGGAAGUUCCGGUGAGGACGAUGACCUCAAGAGGUUUCCUCAAGGCAAACAUGGACGUGAUAGCUUGGCUUUUCUUGUCGACUGCCCUGGGAGGAGAGCAGAUUGUACCAGUGAGUCUGUGUGCAGCACCGACAGCCUGGAUGAAUUGAAAUUAUCUGGUUCAGAAGUGACAUCUCCAGACACAGGAGACCUGUCAUCUGGUGACAGUGCCUCCGUUCCUUCAUCUUCUGCUGACACUCGCCAGACAGUUCCUCCCCUCACGGUCAGGCUGCACACGCAGAGUGUCUCACAAUGUGUGACUGAAGAUGGAAGGACGGUGGCUGUAGGGGACGUUGUGUGGG